AUGGUGAGGCACAAAAACAGAUACAUGGUGUUGCAAGUUAACAGCAAUAAAGUGUUGGGUACUUACCUGCAAACUUGUAUUGUACAAAAGGUACAGUCAUUAUACGGUGAUUUCGGCGUAGCUGCAAUUAGAUCGGGAUUCACAGCAAAAUAUUGCAAUGAAAUCACAAAAAUAGCAGUUUUAAGGUGUAGAAAAGGGCCACACAAAUUUAUAUCCAGUUCUAUACCAUUUAUAAAGGGAAUCAAUCAAGUGACUGCUUAUAUAAACAUUUUGUAUGUUGGGGCAUCUAUGAAACAUUGUUUUAAGUUCAUACAUAAUUAUCAGGAGAAAAAAUUUAAUGAGUAUUGUAAGAAUUUAAGGACUGAUGAAGAGAAAAACGACUUAAAAAAACGUAUGCUUAAUAUAAAUCCGGAGACGGCUACACUUUAA